AUGGCCGCCACCGAGCCGCGCAGCCGCCUUCCCCUCAGGUUUCCCAGCGGCCGUCAUCACGUGAGGGAGGCGAAGGCACGUUCAGCCAAUGCCAGAGAAGGCAGAGCGAAAUGGCCGCGCUUACGUCAGCGUCGGGGAGGGGGCGGGGCCACGUCGGUUGCGUCACUUGGCGUCAAAUUUGAAUGCUCCGCCGGUUAUAGAGCGGUGCUCGGCGAACGGGCGGGAAGGAGCAUGGCUUCCGCCAGGAAGCGUAAGUGGGGACCCAGCAGCCCUGAGGAAGGAGAUUUACGUGACUCUGCAUUACCUUUGAACACAUCUAGUGCUGAAGGUGAUGCUAUCAAAGUCUGCGUAAGGGUACGUCCACCUUCAGAGGGAACCACCAUAAGCAAUGAACAUCAAGGCUUGUGUUUAUCUGUUCUUUCCUCAAAAACCAUCCGUCUGCAUUCAAAGCCUGAGCCAAAGAUCUUCACUUUUGAUUAUGUUGCAAAUAUGGAAACAACACAGGAGUCAGUGUUCUCAACUGUGGCCAAAAAUAUUGUUGAAUCUUGUAUGAAUGGCUACAAUGGAACAAUCUUUGCAUAUGGCCAGACUGGCUCAGGAAAAACCUUUACUAUGAUGGGACCAUCUGAAUCUGGUAAUUUCACUCACAGUCUGAGGGGUGUCAUUCCACGGAGCUUUGAAUACUUAUUUUUUCUAAUUGAACGUGAAAAAGAAAAGGCUGGCAAUGGAAAGAGUUUCCUCUGCAAAUGCUCAUUUAUUGAAAUCUACAAUGAACAGAUAUUUGACUUGCUAGAUUCUGCUUCAGCUGGACUCCUCCUCAGAGAACACAUCAACAAGGGAGUCUUUGUUGAUGGGGCUGUUGAACAGGUGUUGUCAUCUGCUGCUGAAGCAUACCAGGUAUUAACUAUGGGCUGGAGAAACCGUCGUGUAGCAUCAACCUCAAUGAAUAGAGAAUCCUCAAGAUCACAUGCGGUUUUCACUAUCACAGUGGAAUCAAUGGAGAAAAACAAUGAGGUGGUUAACAUUCGGUCUUCCCUGCUCAACCUGGUAGACUUGGCAGGAUCUGAGAGACAGAAAGACACCCAUACAGCAGGAAUGAGAUUAAAGGAAGCAGGUAACAUAAAUCGAUCGCUAAGUUGCCUGAGCCAAGUAAUGACAGCACUUGUUGAUAUUGGUAAUGGAAAACAGAGGCACGUUUGUUACCGGGAUUCCAAGCUCACGUUUCUGUUACGGGUAAUACAGAUCCUCUGGAUUUUACAUACUACUUGG